CGUUGCUCCUCCUACUCCUCCUCCAAAGUCCAAACGAUUUCCCGCUGGGAGAAACAGAAAACGAAUCUUGAAUCGUACUUAUCCUGGGAAUUAAAUUCCCCCCAACAUGGAUUAUUCAAUUCCAGACGGGGAAUAAGUAGAUUCAAUCUCUCUUGACCCUGCAACUUCUUAUUCUCAUCAAUCAUUGUUAAUGGCCAACGUGUGAAUCGCGUUGCUUCGGGAAUCCCAUUUCUCUCCUUCCACCGGUCACCACUCCGUCCUAUUUAAUUUCACCAUGCGUAUCUCCAAGAAACCCGUUUCCUUUUGCCUCUCCCUCUUCUCUCCCACUGUCUCUUCCCGGAUUCCACUUCACUCUGGAACACGAAGAGUAAUUCGCGCCGCAGUAUCAGGAGCAAGUCAAUUGCAGGCCGGCCAUCCAAUGGACGAGAGCCACAGGACUUCCGCUGGUGACAAAUCACCAAAUGUUCUUCAUAUGACAAGCAGUGAUGGUGGCCAUAAACCAUUUAUAUGGUCAUCUUCUGAUGGAGGACACAAUAUUGAUAUAGGAAAGCAUAUCUUUUGCAACAGAUCAUUAAAUAUGAAGAAUAUUGUAUCUGUCGGGUUUGAUAUGGAUUACACUUUGGCACAAUAUAAGCCUGAGACUUUUGAAUCACUUGCGUACAAAGGCACCAUUAAAAAUUUGGUCUACAAUUUGGUCUAUUGUGGUGUGUUCAGCAUGUAUGUAGCAGAACUCACGUUUGCUUAUGUGCUUAUAGCUCUAGGAAGCAUUUGA